AUGUACCUUGCUAGCUGGAAGGAAUUCCUUCCAGCUGUUGAGCAUGUACCUCACUGGCUGGAAGGAAACCCUUCCAGCUGGUCCCUCGCCAGCCCUUUAAAAGUUGGGUAUCCGUGGAUAAACGCUCGGAUACCCGCUGCGGCCGAUGGAAUAUACCCGCCAGCGGGUGCGGAUGCGGAUGCGGAUGGCCAAUUUGCCGGAAAAAGCAGCCAGAUAUCCGGAUUCAGAGUAACCAUCUCUAUUUCCUUGUCUAAGACUGUUUCGAAAUUGAUUGCUAAAGAAGAAGCUUCUUUAAAGGGCGGGUAUCCGUGGAUACCCGCUCGGAUACCCGCUGAGGCCGACGGAUACCCGCCAGCGGGUGCGGAUGGCCAAUUUUCCGGAAAAAGCAGCCGGAUAUCCGGAUGCAGAGCAACCAUCUCUAACUCCUUGUCUAAGACCGCUUUGAAAUUGAUUGCUAAAGAAGAAGCUUCGGCAUUCAAAACUGAGUUGAAGAAGUAUGUCAAUCCAAAUCUGUGUUCUAAAGGUUUACAUAACCCAAAAGCCGCUCAUGCGGAGUGGAAAUGUCAUAAACUCACAGGUGAACAACGUAUUGCUGCUGGUCCGGCCUCUGGUCAUGUUACUUCAGCCAAAGAGGUGGAGUCCAAUUACGUCAAAGUCUCUGUGUACUUGAACUUCGGUUCUGAUACGUCUAAACCGGUGAUUCUCAAUUUGUGCGCCUCUCAUCAUAUGAUCAAUUAUGAUACUUUAUUUAAGAAAAUCAAAGAAGUUAACAUUGAAAUCAACACCGGUAAUCAUAAACAACGAGUUGUUGCUGUUGCUUCCAGACAAAUUCAAAUCAUCAAUGAUGCUAAAAACUUGAUCACCCUUGAUGAUGUUCUCUUCACCCCUGACCUUAAUCAAUCUCUCAUCUGA